UGCUGCGCCGACGAGGCAGCGCUCUGUGCAAGCUGUGACAUAGAGGUCCAUGCGGCGAACAAGCUUGCGAGCAAGCACCAGAGGCUUCUCCUCCAGUGCCUCUCCAACAAGCUCCCUCGCUGCGACAUCUGCCAAGAGAAGGCAGCUUUUAUUUUCUGCGUGGAGGAUAGGGCCCUUUUCUGCCGGGAGUGCGAUGAACCUAUCCAUGUUGCUGGUACCCUUUCCGGUGAUCAUCAGCGCUAUCUAGCUACCGGCAUCCGGGUUGCCCCGAGUUCAAUGUGCAAGAAGGACACUGAGAAGGGUCAAUCGGAGCCAUCAAACAACAGCUCCAUGCACCUUGCUCCAAAGGUUCCAGCAACACAACAAGCCCCAUCAACAUUCACACCCUCAACAUGGGCUGUUGAUGAGUUCCUCCAGCUGUCAGACUAUGAAUCCAGUGACAAGUUGCAGAAGGAGUCUUCUAUUGGAUUUGGAGAGUUGGAAUGGUUUGCGGACAUCGGUCUUUUCAACGACCAGAUGCCCAAGGGAACCUUGAUGACAGCAGCCGAAGUACCCGAGCUUCCAAACUCACAAUCAAGCAAUGCAGCCUUCUACAGACCAAACAAAUACGGUAACAUCUCCUCCAAGAAGCCUAGAAUUGAGCUCUCUGAUGAUGAGGAGUAUUUCACUGUCCCUGAUCUUGGAUAAACUGAAGCUCGCCAAUCUCUGUAUUAGUCCAAUUGUGAUCUCCAUAUAGCAUACAUACAGAGAGAGAAAGAGACACAUCUAUGCAUCUAUCUACAUUUCUACAGAAAAGCAGAUGGAUACAUGGAUGGGUAAAUAUCAGCAGAUGGUAUUACGUGUUAUCUUAAAUGUUUGGGUAGAAAAAGGUUUUAAGUGUGGCAAUAUUACUGAUAUCCUCAGUGCUGUUAUUGGUAAGAUUGGCUUGUAUCAAUACUGAAUUGGCUUUUCUAAUGUAUUCACUGUAACUUCACAUGUUACUGCUUAAGGAAUUGAAUUGGGUUUGGAAUAUUUUUGGAACAGA